AUGGCUAUUGAAACACCUACAGUGGCCGGUAUUGUGGCGGGGAUGAAUCCCUUCACCUACGAGGCCUCCUCUCCUUACACCCUCUUCCUUUUUCAAGCUUUCUUCAUCAUCACGUUGUGCCAAAUCGUACACUACCCCUUGUCCAAGAUCAGACAGCCAAAAGUGAUUGCCGAGGUUCUUACAGGGAUCCUCCUUGGACCUACGGUAAUGGGCCAUAUCCCCAACUUCACCGCCACCUGCUUCCCACCGGCGUCCAUUCCUGGUCUCACCUUGAUCGCCAACGUGGGUAUCAUCCUCUUCUUGUUUCUCAUCGGGCUUGAGGUGGAUGUGGUUUUCAUCCGCAAACACCUCAAAAUUGCCCUCUCCGUGGGUGUUGUCAAUAUGGCCGUGCCCUUUGGGCUCGGCUGUGCGGUGUCCGUCGGGUUGUACAACGAGUACCGCGUCACGUCUGGUGAAACGCCCAUCGAAUUCACCACAUACAUGGUGUUCAUCGCCGUGGCCAUGUGCAUCACCGCAUUCCCCGUGUUGGCGCGUAUCUUGACGGAAUUGAACUUGAUCAACGACAGGGUAGGGACCACCGUCUUGGCUGCUGGGAUCACUAACGAUUUGUUGGGCUGGAUCUUAUUAGCCCUCAGCGUGACGUUAGCAAACUCCGCCAAUGGGGUCACCACCGUCUAUAUUCUUCUCUUGGCGGCAGGCUGGUUCAUCUUCUUGCUGUACCCAGUUUCCUGGGUCUUGCGCUUCUGGUUGACCAAAUACACCAAAGAUUUGGAACGGGGGCCGUCGCAGAUCUCUAUCAUGGUCAUUAUGAUGAUAGUGUUUGUCUCCAGCUUCUUUACCGACAUCAUUGGCGUACACCCGAUCUUCGGUGCCUUCAUGGUGGGGGUCAUCGUGCCUCGUGAAAACGGGUUUGCAAUCAAAAUCACCGAAAAGAUCGAGGACUUGGUUAUCGUGGUUCUCGUCCCAAACUACUUUGCCCUUUCAGGCCUCAAUACCAACUUGGGGUUGCUUAACCGAGGCAUUGACUGGGGCUAUGUGAUCGGCAUCAUUGUCAUCGCGCUCGUGGGGAAGGUCUCGGGUGGCUUCGUCGCCGCCAAAUUCAACGGUUUGCUAUGGCGAGAAUCGCUUAGUGUCGGAGUGUUGAUGUCCUGCAAGGGUAUUGUCGAGAUUGUGGUAUUAUCUACAGGGCUCAAGGCCGGGAUUAUCACUCAACGCGUGUUUUCGAUGUUUAUCGUAAUGGCACUUGUAACCACGUUCUUGACCACUCCCUUGACUUUACUUUCGUAUCCGGUUUGGUACCGUGAAAAGGUGAAGAAGUUCACAGCAGGGGAGAUCAACUGGGAUGGUACCCUCAUCGCCGACGACAAAACGGCAAAGAGUGAUAAUGGUUUAGGGGAAGCGGAUCUGCGUCUCCUAUCGCCUUCCGGCUGCCUCACUGUCGAAUCCUUGCCAAAGUUUAGAGUGUCCCGCGUGGUGGUUGUGUUGGAAAACCUCGACUCCAUCUCCAACAUUAUGCGUUUGUUGCACAACUUGGCCUUCACCGAUACAUCUGAUGCUGACAACGAGAGUGUGGACACCAAGUCGGUGUCGGUAGCCUCUAACUACAACUUGGGUAUCCACGCCAUCCACUUGAAGGAGUUUACCGAAAGAACGUCCCACUUGAUUCAGGCAUCAACCGCGGACCAGACCAGAGAUGAGGACACGUACAACCCGAACUAUAUUGACGACUCAUCCUUUCUCAACAUCUUGAGAAUUUUUUCCGAGUUGAACGGCAUCCACUACAGCUCCCAAACUAUUCUCACUACUCUCCGGAACCGUGCGUACGCCGUCUGCGAUAACCUCAUCGAAACCUCCGAUCUUUUACUCACCUCU